UAUUCGUUGAGGACAAGAGAAGGCUCGGUUGGGUGAGGAAUCCGGGAAGGCCCACCCCGAUUCGGGCCCCCUGCCCCGGACUCCUGGGCUGGGGGCACCUGGAGGCUCCGGCGGGACCCGCAGCCUCGGCGGGACCCGGGGAAGAAGCCAUGUCUGGUUGGCAGUCUGCCUUCCCAAUUCCCGACCGCUUUGCGGUGUCUGCAGAGGCAGAGAGCAAGGUUCGUGAGCAGCAGGCUCGCUUGGAGCGCAUCUUCAGCGUGAGGAUGUGCGUCCUGCCUAAAGACUGCCCAGAGAACCCUCACAUCUGGCUGCAGCUUGAGGGCCCCAAGGAGAAUGUCAGAAGAGCCAAGGAGUAUCUGAAGGGGCUCUGCAGCCCAGAACUGCAGAGUGAAAUCCACUACCCGUCCAGACUGCACUGCAUCUUUGUUGGAGCCAAAAGCUUCUUCCUUGAUUGUCUGGCGUGGAGCACAUCCGCACAUUUGGUGCCUCUGGUUCCUGGCUCUCUGAUGAUCAGUGGCCUAACUGAAGCCUUUGUGAUGGCUCAGAGCCGGGUGGAGGAUCUAGUGCAGCGGUUGAGCUGGGACUUGCAGCUGCAGCCAUGUCCUGGAGCCCCGGAGAGUGCCAGAGUGCUGAGAGACUUCACUGCCUUGAUACAGCCCCUGGAGGAUCCCUACGAAGAGGCCUUGCUGCAGCUGUCCCUGGCUGUCCAGGAAGAGCUCCUAAGCCUGGUGCAAGAGGCAUCCAGAGGGCAGGGGCCAAAAGUACUGUCCUAUAGGGAGGGGAAGAUCAUAGGCCUGUUGGGUGCUCAGUUCCAGGGAGCUAGAGCUCACUUGAAUGAAGGUGGGGAAUCCCUGGGCACUGGGACUGCAGGGCAGGGAGAGUCAAAGGCAGCAAGAGGAGAAAGUCAUACUGUGGAGAAGGAAGGAGGCAAACAGGAUGGUCCCAAGGAGAUGGAUUCAGGGUGGAAAGAGUCACCUGGGGAAGAGGCUUCGAAGACAGCAGUGACUUUCAAGUCACAGCCAGCAGGUGGAGGAGCAGAGAUGGGGUCCCUGAAAGGAAAGGCCUUGGGGAGGCAGCAGGUACCCCAGCAAAAAGUAGGGUUCACUGUGCAAGGUGAGCCUCCCAGUGCCCACGUCCCCUGUCAGAGGGCAGCUCAACCCCGAGGAGCCUCUCUCCUCCAGCGGCUCCAUAAUGGGAAAGCCUCACCUCCAAGAGUGCCUAGUCCUCCACCCGCACCAGAACCCCCAUGGCCCUGUGGAGACCGAGGAGAUCGGGGAGACAGGGGAGACAAGCAGCAGACUGUGACUCGAGGUCGAGGGUCUCCGAGGAAACGAGGCACCCGUGGGGGCAAUUUGGUCACUGGCACCCAGCGUUUCCAGGAAGCUUUACAGGAUCCUUUCACUCUGUGCCUUGCCAAUGUGCCUGGCCAGCCAGAUCUCCGCCAUAUUGUCAUUGAUGGCAGCAACGUGGCCAUGGUGCAUGGCCUCCAGCACUACUUUUCAAGCCGUGGCAUCGCUAUUGCCGUGCAGUACUUCUGGGACCGAGGGCACCGUGACAUAACUGUCUUUGUGCCUCAGUGGCGCUUCAGUAAGGAUUCCAAGGUCAGAGAGAGUCACUUCCUGCAAAAGCUGUACUCCCUCAGUCUGCUUUCCCUCACCCCCUCACGAGUCAUGGAUGGCAAGAGGAUUUCCUCCUAUGAUGACAGGUUCAUGGUGAAGCUGGCUGAAGAGACUGAUGGGAUCAUUGUCUCCAAUGACCAGUUCCGGGAUCUGGCAGAGGAGUCUGACAAGUGGAUGGCGAUCAUCAGAGAACGCUUGCUGCCCUUCACCUUUGUGGGAAACCUCUUCAUGGUCCCUGAUGACCCACUGGGACGAAAGGGCCCCACCCUGGAUGAGUUCCUGAAGAAACCAGCCGGGGACCAGGGCUCUGCUAAGACUCAGCGUCCCUCUAGGGGCUUUGCUGAACAUGGUAGUCAGCAGCCGGGGAAGGAAGAGGAAAGAGGUGGUGGUGGCCUUAGGAAGACCCGAGAGACAGAGCGGCUCCGGCGCCAGCUGCUGGAGGUGUUUUGGGGUCAGGAUCACAAGGUGGACUUCAUCCUGCAGCGGGAGCCAUACUGCCGGGAUAUUAACCAGCUGUCUGAGGCCCUGCUGAGUCUCAACUUUUGAGCCUUACCUGCGUGCAUAACUGCUGCCUUGUUAGAUCCAGCCUCCCCCCAGUGAGCCCCUUGUGUGACAGUCCCUCUGCUGCUCAGACUCUGACCCAGACUCAUUCUAAGAUGGUGCUUUGGCUUGAGGAAGUACCAGGGAAGAGCAUUUUCAUGUGGGAAUACUCUUCCUGGGGUACUUUGGGGCAGGUCCAUGAAGUGACUCACCCUUGAGUCAGGGCCUCAACCAGCUCUCAGGAGGUUUGGGUCACUCUUCUCAACCUUGUCUUUGCACAUGGGUUCUGUAGGGAGUUGAGGCUGCUCCUUCCUGAAGACCAAGACUGUUGGUUCUACCUCCAAGCUGAGUUGGGUGAAGGUUAGGGUGGCU